GAGAAAGAGUAUGAUACUUAUAUGCCUAAUAACAAAAUGUGAACUUUAAUUUAAUUACACAAAAAUAGUCUAUCUGACAACUUUUUGUUAGUGCGGCGUGUUUGGUAUAACUUGGGUUUUCUAUACUAGGGGAAUUGUGAAGUAACUGGUAAGCCCAUGUUUUCCAAAUACUUGCAUCAAUUUUAAUAAAGACUUGCAAUGGAUUUUGCUAAGAAACAACUAGAGAAGUAUGGCUGGAGUGAAGGAAAAGGAUUGGGUAAACGCGAAGAUGGUAUAAGUACUGCUUUGAAACCCAAAUUGAAGUUUGAUAAUUCUGGCCUGGGGCACAAUCUUGGUGAUGAAUUCACAGAUAACUGGUGGGAUAAUGUGUAUAAUUCAGCAUCUAAAAACAUAGAGGUGAACAGCAAAGAUGCUGUUACAAUUACUUACACUGGAAAGAAAUCAGAUCUUGACAAGUGCUUGCCACUGGGCAAAGCUACGGACUACAAGAAUCUGAGUGGUUCAUUUCUACGGACAGCGAAACUUACACAAAAUGGUAUAGAAAAUUAUGAUGUGCCAGCAAAGAAAGAGUCCAAAACUAAAGCACCAUUUGAAGCAAUGACUGAUGAGGAAUUGUUUGCAGCAUGUGGCGGAAGAACUGCUCAUAAGGGCGCCAGACAUGGUCUUAAAUUAACAGGCAAAUUAUCAAGAAUUGAGAAACAGGAAGAAAUGUUAUUGAGAAAACUGAAGAAAGUGUCUCUGUCAGAAGAAAGUGAUGUUACAAAAAAGAAAUUGAAAAAAAUUAAAAAGAAGAAGGAAGAGGUAGAAGUAAAAGUCAAAGUUGUUGAAGAAACAGAAGUGAACACAUCAUCAUCUCCAUCUAAAAAGAACAAGCACAAAAAAAAGAAAAACGUUUCAUUUAAUGAAACAGUAACCAAGAUUUACUCCCAGGAUGUUGAAUCCAGCAUAGAAGGCGAGUCUGAUCCGUUACACAAUGAACUGGCAAAUGGUUCAGAUGAAGGUAUUGAACAGGAUUGUGAGAACAACAACAAUAAUAAUGAUCAGGAUGAUCAUAGAAGUUUCGAAUUGGCACAGUUUAAUGUCAGCGACUUAUCUAAAGCUGAAAGGAAAAAAUUGAAGAAAAAACGAAAACUUGACGUUAAAAAAGAGACUGCAACUAAAAUGUUCUUGGAACAAGUUAUAGAUGAGAUUACUAAAGAGGAAGAAUGCGAGAAGGAAUGGAUUGCUAAGAAGAGAAAAUGUGAAUUUGUAUCUGAUCAAUAUCAAUCAACUCGAAAAAAGAAUAAGAAGAAAAAGAAACAGAAGGAAGAGCAACAGUUUAAUUCAAUUACGUCUGCUUUAAAUAAGGUGUGUCGCAUUUCAGAUGAUGAAUGAGAUGGAAUGUUAAAUUAUUCAGGUAUAAUUAUAUAUUUGAUGUUUAUGGCGUAUUUCUUUAUUUUGUUUUUUAUGGUUCAAUAUAUUUCUGUGAAGUUUAAAUAGUUAUAGGCACAAUUAUAACUACAGAUUUGAAAUGAACACGUGUGUCCACGCAGAUACAUCAGUUAAAUGUUUAAUAGAGUUAAUUGUAACGUUGUACCUACAUUCCCAUUAAUGUUGAUCUCGAUCUUCUCCUUUCAUUAUUAUAUCCGACAAUUUCGCCCUUUUGCUUGGAUCCACUUAUGUGUUUUGAAUCUGAAUAUAUGUAGUUAUAGAGUGGUAGCAUAAGUUGAGUGUUUUAAAAAUAAGAAUCCAAAUUUGUUUUGAAACAGUUGUUAUAUAGUCAAAUUGACUUUGGAUGGUAAGGUUUGUUGUAAAAUGAAUAAAGAUACUCAUUGACUAUGUAGAUCUUAGUUUAAUUGGCGAGAUAUUAUAUAUUAUUUUGUCUUUUCCUUGUUCAUUUUAUCGGUGAUCUUACCAUUCUAAACUGUUCUUUUUAAGUAAAAUACUUAAAACAGCAAUAUGACAUCUUAAAAUAAAUGGUGUUAUUAAACUAAUGUCUGUGCUUUUAUAUAUCCAGCUUAAACAAAUAUUCAAUUUAAUAACGGUAUUAUAAAAAAUAUUGGGUUUAUAUUGGUUUGUUGUAACAAUUUUUAUAAUUUAGUUUAAGCUUGCUACUUGAAAUUGGAAUGUUGCCUCAUUUGAAUAGUUUGAACCAAUUUCUACAGUAAAAUAUUUUAUGAAUCACAUUUAAUAGAAAUAAAUUCUCUGUUGCUACUGUUGUAAAAGAAACAAUAUAAAUUGUUGAUGGUUGCUUACUCACUGGACAUUUAAAAGUACAGACAAUACUUGCAUAGGUAUAUGUACUCUCUGUAGUAUUCUUUCUGUUCAUGAUGAUUUUCCAAAUUACUCGACAGACUGCAGAAAUUGUCUUUUGUUAUUUCAAUAAAAACUGUGAUUUGUAAUUUAGUUUAAUCACUUAUUCAUAAUGUCUAUUUUACAAAUGUGUAUGUGAUCAGUCAGUUUACAAACCAGGUAAGCAUUGAUGAAAAUAACAUUUAGCUUAGAAACGGAUCACAAAAUCAAUUAGUAAUAAGAUUAUAUGUAAUAUCGGUUAUCCAAAUGUUCUUAAUUCAUUACUCUUCACACAACCCCGAAAAGAAUUACGAAUGCAGAUACUCAUUUUAAUUAUGUUCAUUUAGUGGAUAAAAUUAAUUAAUACUUAAUUUUGGAGUGAAAAUUUAAGUGACUCUAUGAACACUUUUUUUUUUAAGAUAGUUGAAAGUACAGCUAUUACAAAGCGUAUGUAUUCGUUACUGAGUAACCGGCUGCUUUGAACGCGAUGUAACAACUUGUUACUUUUAAAUUAAUAUAAUUUGUUAUUUCGUAUCAUACCGUAUGCGCAUAUUGCGUGUAGACAUUUUAUUUUUGAUAAUAAUUGAGGAUUUAUUUAUUUUUAUAGUUUAUUAACAUCUUUAUUUUAUUUUGUAUUAUGUGUUUUCUUUCAAAUGUAUUAUAAGCUAUUUAAUUUAAUAUUAUGUAUAUUUAAUAUAAUGUAUGGUAAUAAAUAUUUUAUUAUGUUUUUAUAAUUGUAUAUGUAAGUAUGUCAAUACCAUAUGUCGCUGACAAUGUGGAUUUCGUAAUGCGAUUCGGAUCACAAGAAAUGUGUUGGGCACUAGUAAAGUCCUAUGUAACAAUACACCGUAUGUCCAGUUAAUCAUUUCGCGUCAAUAUGCAAUAUAUAUGUAGUACUAAAGGCUCAAGUAACGAGUCCACAACUUGAAUGUAAUACAUAUUGGUACAAAUUUUGUUAUUACUUAUGUAGUUCUAGUUAAAUGUAUAUUUAUUUUCUGUGGUCUUUUUAAGAUUAAUUUAAUAAUUUCAAAAUAUCAUAUUAAACAAAUAAAUAUUGAUUAAAAUAA